AUGGCUACUAAGCAACGACUGACUUUAGCCUCUAUGUGGGCAUUUGAGGACAUCGGAGCUCUUGUUGUCAGGGGGGUUGCGGAAAGCCUCGCCUCGAAAAUUGCGUCGAUUUAUUCAAAUUUCAUCGAAGAACAAAAGAUUAAGGAUCUCUUGGAUAUGCCGCGGAUUUGUCAACUGGAAGUCCCUGCCGUGCAGGACGAGGGAACCGUCCCUUUGGAUGUCACGCCUGAGAAAAGCCAGGGAGCAAGCCUUCUAGCAUUGGAUGAUGAGUCGGAUGAGGAGCUCAUUCCGAUCUCUAGAGAUCGCAUUACCAAGUCCUGGCUUUCGUCUAAUGGUGGUCUGGGCUGCUUCUCGAACGACUUCCAAGACGUCCUGCUUGAUGUCUCGACUGCCACAGGAACAGAAAUUGCAAUCUCCGGCGAGUUUCAGGGGAUUCAGGUGUACGGAACAAGUAGUGAUGUCGACGAUGCGUUAGCUAAGCUCUCCAAUGUCGAAAAGUCUUUGUCGUUGCUUUUAACUCCUUCGAUCACUAAUAUCUUGGUUGUCCACUACAAAGACGAAGAUCGCUUUCGUAUUCAAAGCUACUGCAGUUUGAAUCCUAAUGCCCCUUGCCGUGUGCUUGCUGAUCCAAACAUGAAUGCUACUACUGAUUUUGGUGAAAUGUCUGUCACCGUGCUUUUGUCUUUCGACGAUGAGUCCCAAACGCUUGUUGUCCCCAGCAACUUUCUCAAUCCUCCACAUGGCAAUGCGGAAACGGGACAAUCUCGCAUCUGGAGUGACUUCACUUUUCAGGAAAUUGGGAAAGGGGACGAAUUCUUCGAUAUCGAUUCUAUCUUUGAGAACACUCCGGCGGAUCCUCAUUCUAUCAUCUCCGGAAUUGCACCUCCGCAUCCAUUCUUGACUGCUGAAAAGGCCAAGCAAGUCAACCAGUGGGUUGUGGAGGGAGCUGCAAUUGAAUCAGACGAGCCUGAGCUGGAGCCAGUAUCUGCCGAGUAUGAGAACGAGAUUGAGCCCCAAUGUGAACGCAAGGCCGGGCUUCCCAUUCUCUCCCAGUCCAUCACUCCACAUACACCAGAAACUGUGCCCGUGAACAAAAGACCUCCUGGUAUCAAAACACGAAGAGCUGCAAUGGUGGCAAGUAAUGCAUCACCACCAUUGGAGCCACCUCCGAAAAAUGACACGAAGCCGACUGGCGACAAGUUCAAUGAGGUCGACGCGACUCCGCGUAAACGCUGGAAAAUGAAAUAUACUCCUGACGUGGAUCAGGUCGCCCCGAAGGAUAACAAGGAGCUCACUAGAGGCCCGAACUUUGAGGACAUGCUGGAGCUCUCCAGCGACUCUUGGUGGCCAACGACAGCCCAUACUCCAAAGAAGGAAGUAAGACUUCCAGUGAAUUUUGAUGCGGGCAAGUAUGGACUCAACAGAUCACAACGGCAAACGAUCGGUGAUACGAAAAACAGCCCAAGUCUCCGAAGAAUACUGCCUAGCACGCUCAAAAAGAGAUCCAGCAACCUCAAUCCUCUUGUCGACGUCUUUCUACCGGCGAGCCAUAGUGUUACUAGCACACUCCCCCCGUUCUCGUUCAGUCAGCCCGCUUUGAUCCCUCAGGAUUCUGUUCCCACAACCAUGUCUAAUCAGAUUGAUAUAUGCCUAGAACAUAAAUUUGACCUGAAUACCAGCACAAGCAGCAUGCGCAGUCUCGCUAUCACAGAUCUCAGGAGCCAUGUCUCUCCGACUGAAGCCACCAGCAAUGAUUCCGCCUCUGAUCCAACAUCGAACAAUACUAACAGAUUCCAUGACCAAAAGAAUAGAUUAGCUUCUCUAAAGCAAUCGCUGAAUGAGAGAAGGGAACAGACUCCCAUUCCUACUGGCAGCAAUCGACCUCAUAUCUCUCAACGUGACAUUCACCGGCUAUUAGUAAAUGAGAAAGUGGCUGAGCUGGAGGGUGCUCAGAAACAUCACGAACGACAGGCAUCUGAUGAAAUUAACUCCAGAGAGUUCUUCUACACAAUGGGCCAUAAGACAGAAAAGCGAAGGAACAAGGGGAAGAACAAAGCCGAGAUCAAGGCAAAGAGGCAGGCUACAUUAGAAGAUGCUUGGGGAAUGAUGAAAAGGCCAUCGAAAAAACUGUUGACAGAGGCCCCGCAAACUCCAGCAUCCCUUGAGGAGACCACACAAGGAAGCACAACGAGCACUGUCAAAGUAGCAGACGGGGACAAUGGGCACUCCCAGAAGACGGCAGAUACCAGCAUAAGUCAGGACAUCAUGAGGCUUUACCUUGCAUUGAAGCCAACAUUAGAAGUUGCUGAGUAUUUCCCAGGGACUCUGAGCCUGGAGGUUCAGAUUGGGCUCAUAUUGAUACCGCUACUACCUAAAACCUGCAGCGAAGGCUCGAUGAUCUCUUUCAAGGAAUGGACAAAAAUCUUCCAGCCACGAAGCGGCAUCCCUGCUCCGACGACCAAGUUCAUCAGUCGAGUCACGACGUCCGGCCAUGACAUUGACCAUAUAGUUGACCUGAAGACACCUGCAUCUGAAGGAAAGCAUCGCAUCUUUGAACAGGAGUAUAGCGAGUACAGCGUGUUCUACGAGUUUUAUUGUCGUACCAAAGCUGCUCAACUUCUUAUUGUCACAGUUGAUGAACAUGGGAAGUUCACCAUCAAAAAGCCAACUUCAACACUAGGGGCAGUCAAUUUACACUUUCCACGACAAAUAUGGGAUGCAAGGGUGAUUCUCAACGGUGUUACUACGGGCAAUGCAAUUGUGGGCCCUGAAUUUGAGGAAGCAGUGCGAUAUCUUGUCAACCACCUCUGGGUUCAGCCAAAUAGAUCCCUCCCUUGGAUUUUUACCCGACUUCCUCCAGGGAACGAUAUUGUCGUGGAGAAAGUGUUGAUGAAGCGAUGGACUCGCCAUCGUUUCAUGCGUCCCUCGACAGGCCCAACUCACAGUGACCAAGACCUAUUCUUACAGGUCAUGGAGAUCCAAGACUUGUCCAUCGGAUCGAGCCAGUCGGACGACCAUGUGGUAACCGCUCAUUGUGCAUCGCUGUCUGAGAUGGCUGAGGCAGGUCGUCAAUGGUACGAAAUUUCCUUGAUUAGCCCUGCAGUCGAGGCCAUCCUGCGGGCAAACGUGGAUAAUGAAGUUGGAGAACGAACAGACGAAUGGCGAAGUCCUGACCUGCUUGGUAGAGAUGCCACUCUCCUCGAUAAGCUUACAGAUGAUCCUUCCACAAUGACCACGACACUAAGCCCUGUUGCCAAAGCCAUUGGCGCCGCUGGUCUUGGGGAUCUCCUCCGGUUGGCCAAAACCGUCGUCGAGAAGAUUGACGCUAUCGGUUAUUGGAACUAUGGCCCAAGCGCCGAUGCUUUGCGCAUGGCAGCAGUCAACGGCUCUCUUGCCGCGAUGAAAACUCUUCGUGGUACUGCCAUUGUAUCGUCGGGGACACUUCAGAACGAGCGGAAGAGCCUAGACUUUGCUGAUUUAGAGAGCAUCAAAGAAGUAGGAAGCGUCAUGACGAGUGCAAUGGUGAAGAAGUCCUCUGCCGAGUCUUCCGCGAAAGAAAAAGAACAGCUUGAGAUUGAUUAUUGGUAA